UUCUCAGUCGACUAGCUACAUCAUAUCUCUUCCUUGUUCUUCUUCAUUUACAGCUUUUCUUCUACUCUGAAUUCCAUCGCCAUUUUUCCUAUCCUUAUAUUUCUUCAUGUUCUUCGCAUAACUUCUUUGUUCUUCUGGAGUUUAUGGUUCUACUAGUUUUGAUUCGGAAUUUGGACUGAACGGACUGGUUUUUUGGAGUUUAAUCUCUAAAUCUAUGUUUUUCGAGCUUCUCUGUUUUUUCUUCUGUUUAUUGUUUUCGGUGUAAUUUGUUCUUCCAUCCGUUGUCUCCAUAUUCGUAGCAGGGCGAUUGAUCGGGUUUGUUUGGUUUCUGCGUAACCAGGAGUUGUUUGAUGUUAGGAAUGAAGUUGUUGUUCAUAGUUUUGUUGGCUUGUUCUUCUCCACUUUCGCAAUCGAGGAAUUAGUUGUUCUUUUGUUGCUCUUGUACGGACGUUAUAUCUUUUCGUUUCUCUGAAGUCUACUGCGGCGAAUCUGAUUCCCGUUGUUUUCCUAGGCUUGAAGCCCUAGACAUUGGUUCAGUGGCUGGUUGCUCAAUUUUAGGGUUUUGAAGCAUUUGACCUUGAUAUUUUGGUUUAGAGUCAUUUACUCCUGACUUGAAUAAGGAUAUUUAACCGUGGAAGUGGAACUAAAUCAGUUUCAUAUCAAGCAUGCAAACCGUCGAUUAUUUGGCUAUUUAGGGGUUGUUGAUUCGGAUUGUUGAAGAGUACAGAGGAUUUCUUGGAUACUGUAAAUUGAACAGCAAUCAAAUUCUUGAAGACAGAGGUGUUUGUCUCCGUUAAAGCAGAGGAAGACAAAAGUAUCCAUGGGUGCUGCAGGCAUACAAUUACAAUUAAUUAUCGCUUGCAUCUGUUCUUGAUCAUACCCUUGAAUUUGCAAUUGGAAUUUGGAAUCGUGCUAUAUUAUCAUCCUGUUCACCAUUUUUGGUUUGGGUAAUUCUGGGAAUUUUAACAUGAACACUGGUGGUGGUCUCUGUUCUAACAACAUGAAUUCAGCUGUUUAUGAAUCAACUGUGACUCCUGAUCAACACUCUUCAGCAAAUGUCCAAUUAAAGGAAUUUGCACCCAAGGCAAGGAAACCUUACACGAUCACAAAACAAAGAGAAAGAUGGAAAGACGAAGAACAUGAUAAGUUCAUAGAAGCUCUGAAGCUUUAUGGCCGUGAUUGGCGACAAAUAGAAGAGCAUGUGGGUACCAAGACUGCAGUUCAGAUUCGUAGCCAUGCUCAGAAGUUCUUCUCCAAGGUCACGCGUAAUUCAAAUGGAUGUAGCACAAACUUAGUAGGAUGCAUUGAGAUUCCUCCGCCACGUCCGAAACGAAAGCCAGCGCAUCCAUAUCCCCGUAAAGAAGUAGCUCAUUCUCAUAAGCUAUCCUCCAUUUCAGAACAGACAAGUUCUUUAUCUCCACAGCUUUCAGAAAAAGAAUGCCAGUCUCCAACAUCAACAGUCGUAGCAGCAACGAGUGGUUCAGAUACGCUAAUGUUCGCCAAUUCAAGGAUUCAUCAUGAUAGUGCAUCUCCAGAUUCAUCUGUUCCAUCUUCAUUGGACAAUGAGUCUCCAACAGCAGCAGCCCCAGUACCAGAAAAUUCAACUCUCCAUGAGAAAACUUCAAAGAACCUGGAGUUAUUUACAAAGGAUGAUAUGCACGAAAAAGAUGACUCUACAAAAGAACCAUCACUCCAAAGUCUUAAGCUCUUUGGAAGAACUGUAUUAAUAUCAGAUCCCCACAAGCAAACUCCAACCAUAGAGACCUGUUCAUCCAAGGCCGACUCUAAACCAGGGGAAAACCAAAAACAAAUAUCACCAAGGAAAUCUCCUACAGGAAAUCCAGAGAGCACUUGGAAUCAUGGAGCUUUCUACUUCAUACAACUCAAUAACGUCGACUCGAAUCAAGGCUCAGGUUCUACAGUCCCAGUAUCAUGGUGGAGUUCUUAUGGCAGUUAUCCACUAUCUUUUGUACACUGUUUUAAUCAAGCACAUUCGAAUCCAAGUCGAGAAGUCGAUGAUAGGGAAGCCCACAAGGAUCAAUCAUGGUGCGGGUCGAACACGGGAUCAUUAAACAGUGGGGAAAAUGAUAUCCAAAGCAGCAGCAGCAGAGUAUUUCAAAAUAGAGAUGAGAUGAUUGGAAAAGCAUUGUCUUGUGAAUUAAUAAGUAGCCAUGAAAAGAACACCAAAGGGUUUGUGCCAUACAAAAGAUGCAUGACAGAGAGAGCUACACAGUCCCAUACAGUCACAGAUACAGAGAGGGAGGAGAAGAGGAUUAGGCUUUGCUUGUAGAUUCAAACUAAAUUUUGUACAGCCAUUGAGGAGAAGCAGAAGAGGCUUGGUGAUAUAAUCCCAACUUACCUGGCCUUGGCAUGUUAAAAUUUUGUUUAAUUUUUUUUUUAACAAUGCCCUUUUUUAUAAUUUUUUUUCCUUUGUUCAUAUUAUACAUAAUUAUAUUCCUUCUUGUUUUAUCGAAAUAAUUUUGUCAAUUUUUGUAAUUUUUGUAACCGUAAAUU